GCAGACAUGCUGCUGCUCAAGAAACAGACGGAGGACAUCAGCAGCGUCUAUGACAUCCGGGAGAAGCUUGGCUCGGGUGCCUUCUCCGAGGUAGUGCUGGCCCAGGAGCGGGGCUCUGCACACCUUGUGGCCCUCAAGUGCAUCCCCAAGAAGGCGCUGCGGGGCAAGGAAGCCCUGGUGGAGAAUGAGAUUGCGGUACUCCGCAGGGUCAGCCACCCCAACAUUGUGGCGCUGGAGGAUGUCCACGAGAGCCCUUCCCACCUGUAUCUCGCUAUGGAGCUGGUGACGGGUGGCGAGUUGUUUGACCGCAUCAUGGAGCGAGGCUCCUACACGGAGAAGGAUGCCAGCCACCUGGUGGCUCAGGUCCUCGGCGCUGUUUCCUACCUGCACAGCCUGGGCAUUGUGCACCGGGACCUCAAGCCUGAAAACCUCCUCUAUGCCACGCCCUUUGAGGACUCCAAGAUCAUGGUCUCUGACUUUGGCCUCUCCAAAAUCCAGGCUGGCAACAUGUUAGGCACUGCUUGUGGAACCCCGGGAUAUGUUGCUCCAGAGCUUUUGGAGCAGAAACCGUAUGGGAAAGCUGUAGAUGUGUGGGCCCUGGGUGUCAUCUCCUACAUCUUGCUGUGUGGGUACCCGCCCUUCUACGACGAGAGCGACCCUGAACUCUUCAGCCAGAUCCUGAGAGCCAGCUACGAGUUUGACUCUCCCUUUUGGGAUGACAUCUCGGAAUCAGCCAAAGACUUCAUCCGGCACCUUCUGGAGCGAGAUCCCCAGAAGAGGUUCACCUGCCAGCAGGCCUUACAGCAUCUUUGGAUCUCUGGGGAUGCGGCUUUGGACAAGGAUAUCCUGGGCUCAGUCAGUGAGCAGAUUCAAAAGAAUUUUGCCAGAACCCACUGGAAGAGAGCUUUCAAUGCUACCUCCUUCCUGCGCCAUAUCCGGAAGCUGGGGCAGAGUCCAGAGGGGGAGGAGGCCUCCAGGCAGAGUAUGGCCCGACACAGCCACCCAGGCCUCCCAACUGGCCAGCCCCCCAAGUGGUGACGCCCAGGCAGAUGCUGAGGCCAAGUGGACAGACCCUGAUUUCCUUCCUUUGAGUCCUUUCAGUCCCCUUCCCCCACCCCUUAUGCCCCUGGCUGGUCUCUG